ACGGACCGUUGCAGGUGACAGUGGAGGAGGAGUCCAUGCAAGGCCACAGCCAGCUCGUGGCCUCUUUCACAGGGACACCUCGACACUCAGCUAGCAGGAGCCGGGGAUCGAACCAGCAACCUUCUGGUCACCAGCCGACCCGCUCCACCUCCUGAGCCAAAUGCCGCGGGAAGUGUGACAGUGUUCGCUUACUGCUCUCAAACCCUUUGAACAGGCGAACGCUUCCUCCUGAGGAAGAACCAGAGCUACAAUCUGUCAGGUUUAAAACAGAAGGUGGCCCGCUGAAGGAAAGACUCAACACCGAAGUCGGUUUAAAGGACGUCAACAUGUCAGGAAUGCCCACGUUUGGUACUGUGACCGAUAGAGGGCGACAGAGCCCAAGGAAAGCCAUGAGUCAUCUCUCUGCGUACGUGAACUCCACCAAACCCAGGCAGAGGGGCCCGGUCACCAUGGAGAACCUCAAAAAGGUGGCGGUCGGCCUUCUACUGCAGAGUCAGAGCCCGCCCAUUCCACGUUGCCUCCUGGAUGUGUUAAAACGGGAGGAGCUGGAUGACUUCCUGAUGGCCCUGCUCCUCUACCUGGCCUGCUUCCGGGAGCAGCACGCCCUGCAGAGCCGCCCCAGGCCACUCAUGGGAUCCGUCAGAGAGAGUGUGUCCAGGGAGGAGGAGGAGGUGAGGGUGAAGGUGGAGCUGUCCCGGAACAAGAUGGCCGUCUGCUACUCCGCCCUGCUGCUGGGCCUCGCAUCGCCCCAGCACACACACACGGCCUGCGGGAGGAGCCUGGUGUCAGCGAACGACCGGGACCGGGACCUGUACGAGUGUCUGUACAGGCUGUUCAGCCUCGUUCCCUGGGUGGCGUUCUACAGGCGGGACCUGGAGCUGAUCCGGGCUGAGCUGUCCCGCCUCCUGAGACCCAGCGCCUGUCGCCCCCCCACUGAGGACCCGGGAGAGGGCACCCCCGGGCGACGCCGGAGGUGUCCCCCUGUGAAGAGCUCCCUGUCCCAGUGCUCCGUCCUGAUCAGGGACUUCCUGCCCCUGCCCCAGGAGAAGUCCCCAGACCUGUUCCUCCGCACCUCCCGGGGGACGGGGGGCCUGCUGGGGGCCAGGGGCCCCCCGGGGCCCAGGCCCCGCUGUGACACCCAGGCCCUACUGGAGGAGCUGGAGGAGCGGCUAGCCAGUGGCAGCUUUGGAGUUCUGGGAAGACCCCGGAAGGAGUUCAACCUGUCGACCCUGCUGCCGCGGGCACGCUUCAGAGGAGACCGGCAGGGGGAGGAGGAGGGGGCGUCGCUGCCGACGUCGGCGGUCCCAGGGCGGGGGCACACCGGGGCGUCCCGCGCCACCACCGAGGCCCCGUCCUCCGACAGUGACUGA